AUGGACACUCUUCCAGAAAUCAGACGGAAAAUGGAUUCUGGAAAUCCCAUCUUAGUUGCUUCUGUAAAUGGUUUAACCACAAAUACCAAAAUAUUAUAAUAGUGGUUUUAAUAUUAUACAUAUUUAACUCAAUAGUAAUAAAAUGUAUAUAAUAUUAAUUUUAUUCCUUUCAGGCAACAGACAAUUUGAUUAAUAUUAUUAAAGCUAAAAUUAAAGGAAUCCGUACAGAUAUGACUAAUGUAAUUAUAACUUUUUACAAAAAAAAAUAAAAACGAUUUAAUUAAAUAUAUUACUAUUUAUUUGAAUGUUAUUAUUUUUACUAUAGAUUACUGAAAUGUUAAUCCUCCAAGAGUAUUGUUGUCAUCCAAAUCCAAUUAUCUGUACUACUGCAUUUCGGGGUUUAUGUGCAUUUUUGGCAACUAAUAAUUAUCAAAAUCAAUUAUUAAUUGACUGGUUAGUCGUCUUAAAUCCACAAAUUAAGUGUAAAACAGGAUUUAUACAAGAAAUAUUUCAAUUAUUAGUAUGUUGGUUGGAAAACGAAACUGUUUAUAGUGAAUACAUCAACACCUUAGUGGAUAUUCUUAUAAAAAUAAUGGAUGAAAAUCUUGAUGAAUGGUCUACAAUUUUAAUUCAUAUGAAAAUCAAUACAAAUUUCGACAAUUUUAGGUAAAUAAAUGGUUACACAUAUCAUUGACCAAUAUGAUCGUAUGGACCAGAAUACAGUUUCAAUUGUUUAUAACUUUAUGUUUACUAUUUUGUUUUAUUCAAUUAUUGUCAAUUUCUUAAAUAUUUUAGUUAUAUAUUCAUAUUUAAAAAAAAAACCAUUCUGGUUCAAUUUUCCAUGCUGAGUACUGAUUUAAUUGUAUAUUAUAUUAUUUAUAACUAUUUCAGGUUUAUUAAGAAUUGGUUAAAAGUUACUAAACGUCUAUUUAAAUUUAUAUUUUUAUCUCAAACACCAAAUCAUUACCGUACUACAUUUAUAAAACUAUUUGUUGAAAUACUCAGUUGUGCAGCUGAUUACGAUUUACUAUUUGAGAUUUAUUCUUGGUUACAGGUGACAAUUAUAAAAUUAAAUUUUUGAUUUCAAUAAUAUUGUUUUUAAAAUUAUUAUUUAUUACAGACCUCUAAUUUGGAUGAUACCCUGUUUGUAUACAAUUUUUUAGAAGAAUUUUGUAUUCAUAUUCCUGAUACACUACACGAAACAAAAUAUAAUUUAUGUUUAUGUGUACUUCAAACAUCAAUUCAAUUUAUUUCAUAUGGUUAUGAUCCAACCCUUGUGUUGCAACACUUGAAUAGUCUUUUAAUCAUAUGUCCAUGUGCUUCAGAUAUUUCAUUAUUAUGUUUCUCUAAAACUUUGAGUUUAUGUUCUUCAAAAUUUGUCAUGAAAAUAUUAAACUUUUGUAAUAUACUAAAACCUAUUUUUUUUAUUUUUAUUUAUUUUUUAGGCUUGAAAGUUAUUCAGAAUUAUGGAUGCCAUAAAAUCAUUGCUCAAACAAUGGUAGUUAGUAUUUUGCAAUGGAAUCGGACCAAAGUAGUAGAUGAUGAAAUAAUGAAUCUUUUCUUGUUAACUAUAAAUUCUGAUUGUAAUAUUAUUUUUAUUUUUAUUUUAUUUUAAUUUAUACAUUUUUAAAUUAAAUAUUUUCAGUAAUAAUAACCAAAUCAUGUUCACAAAAUCAUAAUUUAUUACCAUAUUUAACAACUGAUUCAUUUUUAAUAAUAUCAUACUCGCUUGUAAAGUAAGACACUUUAUUAUUAUUAAUAAAUAUUAAUACUUUAGUGAUAUAAGUAAAUAUAAAUUCACUUCAAAAAUAAUACUUAUUAUAUUUUUCAGACUAUGUAAAGAAUUUAAUGAUAAACAAUUAAUUUCAAAAUGGUUGUCUGAAAUUAAUCAAAUCAGUAGUUUAUUAAAUGAUAGUGAGUUUAAUUUUUUUUUGGCUGGUCUUUACUUAAGUAAAAUGGGUGAUCGUUCUCAACAACAAAUUAUGUUAAAAUUGUUAAAUAAACAAUUUUUGGUGCCAUUAAUUAGCUAUGCUGUGAAUAUAGAAACAAGUUAUCAUAAUAGAUUUGAUUUAAUGAAAGUCAUACCUACGGCGGCUUGCAUACAGGUUGGUUAAUUAUUUUUUAUUUUCGUGUGUAUAUAAUCUAUUCUUAUUUAAAUAAAAAUUAUAAUUUAUUGUUUAAUUUUAACAGAAAGAAUUUAUUAAUUUAGAUAUAAUUAUGUUCUGAAGUUAUUUUAAAAAUAGUACUAAAAUAUUUUCCGAAAGCAAAAAUUUUGAAAUUACAAAUCAAUAAUAUCACUCGAAAUAAUUAUGUUCUUAUUUAUUAAUCUAAAUCUAUUCUUAUAGGAUAACUUGUCAUUGAUCAUAAGUUUUAUAAAACGUUUCGAAAACAGCAAUGAAGAAACUCUUAAUAUAUUGAGCAUUGAUAUGUAUUAUGACUUGUGGCUAACAGAAAUUAGAUGUUAUAGAUUUCUAUUAUAUUGUCUCUCAAAAGAUAAACCCGGAUGGCAAUGGAAUGUUGUAAAAUCAUAUACUAUUCAAAAAAUAGUAAAAUCAAAGUAUAAUUAAUAUUCAAAUUUUAGUUUAAAAUUGUAUUAAAAUUAAAUUUUAGACUUUUGAUCUUACUUUUAUUAAUAUUGUUAUUAUUAUUUCAGUCCAAAUUCUGAUCUAGUAGUUGUAUUGAAACGGAUGCUUGGAUUUUACAUUAAACGUUCUAUGUAUCUGCCAAUGAAAUUAACAUUGCAAUCUUUAGUUGAUUUGUGUAUUAAUGAAUACAUUAAACCAGAGGCCCUUUUAAAAAUCAUUGAUGAAAAUAUUCUUGAUGUUCACCAUCCUUCAGUAAUAUCAAGGUAAAAAUUUUUUUAUCUGUAUCAACUAAUUUUUUUUAUUUUAAUUUUAAAUAUUUUACAGCUACUGUAAUUUACUAACUGUAUCUGCUAAUCAAAUGGUGGAAAAUGAAAAACGCCAUGCAUUUCUUAAAAAGUUAUGGUAUAUGGUAUUGGAUCCAAAUGACAAUACUGUUAAAUGUGCUCUCAAGUAAAUUCUAACCUAUAACUAUUUAAACAAUUAUGGAACUUGAAUUAAAAUGUUUUAGGUCUUUAUCUGACAUAGAUUUAGAGAGUAUGCCACUUCAUGUGUUACCGGUAAAAUUCCAAAGUUUCCCAAAACUCAAAACUCAAUUAGAAGAUUUAGAAAAAAUAGAUUUACUUAAUAGUCCUAUACCAGGUAAAAACUAAAAACUUAACAAGAUUUCUUGUGUCUAACUAUUUAUUUUGUUCUACUUUAGGUGAAUGUUGGGUUAAAUUUCUUCAAACUAUUAACAAAACUUGUCUUAAUGAAGCUCAGCUAAUGUUAUCAGUUUGGCUUAGACAAGAGUUGGAUAAUAAUGUUAUUUCACGAACCCAGUCUGACCGUGUGUAUUUUAAUCAAGUAUAAAUAUUAUGUAUAAUGUUGAUUUAAUUAAUAUUUAAUUACAGAUGAGCCCAAAAAUUUAAAACAUCUCUCAAAUCAUAGUAUUGCUCGAGGAUUAAUGUCAUUUGUUGUCCCAAAACGGAAAAAAAUUUUAGAUACUGAUGAAGUUUGUAAAAUGUCUUGUUUGGCUGUCAUUAAUGGUGCUGAUAAACCAAUGUAUCCGUUUGAUUGGACUUUUUUGGAUAAAUAUUUAAUUGAAGGGCCUCAACAUAAAUUAUGGAAGGAAUCGGUUGUAUUAAUUGCCAAACAAUCGAUAAGAUCCACUUCAGCGUUUCGACUUCUACACAAGUGUUAUGAACAUCGAUCAAACCUUAAUGUAAUAUGAUUACAGGUCAAUGUUUUUUUAAGUAAUAAUAUAAAAGCAUUUUUUUUAUUUCAGAUUCAUGAAAUGAAAUUACUUUUUACAGUUUUAUACAAAGUCUCAAAUAUUCAUUAUCACAUUUCACAAAAGCAAUUUAUGGCAGAUGUUGUAAAUGACAUCUUGAAUAAUAUCAUGAAUGAAACAUAUUUUAACAUUGAUAUAGGUACAAUAUUACUAAAAAUUAAAAUAAACAAUUUGUUUUUAAAAUUUAAUUAAUUUUCUUUUUUAUUUAUAGAUAUUGAUUUGCUAUGCCAUAUUUUAUCUAUAUAUAAACAAAUAUUACAAAGCCCUGAAACACAUAUAGAGAAUGUUUACAUUAUUUGUAAUAUUUUGGAAAAUAUAUGGUGUACUAUACAUUUGGAAAAUAAGGUAUUUGUCCUUGUAAAAUUAUCAAUUUAAUAUUUAAAAAAUGUUUAUAUUUUAGAAAAUUGUUUAUGCAUUUCUUGAUUGCUGCCUAGCAAUGCCUGUGGAAGUGUUGAAAAACAUAAAGCCAUAUCCUGUUCAAGAAUCAAUGCUUGUAAAGUUUAUAAUUCUAAGUUGUGUACAAAAUUUUGUUUCUAGUAAUGUUUCCUUUGAUCAAUUUAAUGAAUGUAUUCAAGCGUGCAGUCAAUUUUCCAAGUAAUUUACUUUUAAAUUAAUUAAUGUUUUGUACUGAUAAAUUUAAAUUCUUUUAGAGGACAUGAUUUUUUGUGCAAUCAAGUUACAGAAAUAUUUAAACUUGACAGUUUUGUUCCAUAUCAUCAACAAUUCAUUGCCAAUUUCAUGAUUUAUCUAGCAGGUUUUACGAAAAAAAAUAAUUCUGUUACAAAAGCAAGUAUAAUUAUGUGUUUAUUUAAAAUAAACAUUAUUUUUAGUAUACAGGUAACAUCAAUUUAACAUAGACCAAGUAAUAUUUUCAAAUGUUUAAAAUUUAAAUCACUAGGAAAAUUUCUUUUUUGAAAACAUUGAUUUCCGUAAAGUUAUACAACAUAUUAUUUUCAAUAUAUUUUUACCUUUACUUAUAUAAUAAUAUUAUAUUAUAAUUGGUAUAGAUAUUUUAAAAGAAAAAUUUAUGUUUUCUGAUGUUCAAAUUAUUGUCUAUUAAGAUUUUAAGCUUUAGAAAAAAAAGUGUUAUUUUUAUUUUUUUUUAAUUUCAGGAUUCAUUUUGUUUAUUGUGCUCAAUUUUUAUUGACCUUAUUAUAACAUUAUCAGGGUAUAAUAGUAUAUCUUUUAAUAAUGACAAAAACUUAAAAUGGGUAGUUUUUCCUCUUGCUUUGGCAACAUUUUCUAAGAACACAUCACAAGUAUGUAAUAUAAUUUUUUAUAGUUUAUUAUUUUAUUUUAUGUUUCAUAACACUGUAUUUCAAGUCUUCUAGAGUUAUUGAAUGGCUUAAAACCAUGAGAACCAUUCAAUGUUUAUCAGAAGAAUAUUCUAAACUGUUUUACUGCUGUUUGGGAGCAUUUAAAAAUGAUAAAUGUUUAAUAGAAUGGACACACAGAAAAAAAAUCAUACUACACUGA